AUGUCCAAGCUAGUCGUAGGGUCCAGUCCGCACUCCUCUGCUUGGCGCGCAGCACUCGAAACCCAAUUCUAUACGCUCAAGCAUUUCUCCACCGAGCCUGAAGCAGCGCUCGAUCAACUCCAAAGCUUUUUCGAAAAGCAUUUCGUCGAUGAUGGGCUCCUCGGAGCGCCCGGAGAACUUCAAGGUCAGCCGUCUCGUUGGACAUCCUUUGUGGCGGAUGAUCACUCUUUGCUCGAGUACAGCUUGGCGAUCAGUCAUUCGUACACUCGCCUACGUCUAGUCUUUGAGCCUGCGCCUAUUCAAGUCGUCAGCCAGACGUCGAGGGACCGGCAGACGGACCCCAUCAACAUUUUGGCACCUUUACAAUGGAUUCAAAGACACGGCGCGCUGGGUCCACGAACGGAUUUGACAUGGUUUCAAGCUCUGCUGCCCGCUUUGACGGUGAUGCCAAGCGACAAGAUUCCCAAAGAGGCCUCUGGCUUCACACAGCUGGCGUUCGGUGUGGAGUUGCACAGCUCCGAAAUCAUGAUGAAGGCAUAUUUCGGUCUGGACGCCAAGGCGAUUGCAGAUGGUCGGUGCAAAGAGGACAUUGUGGAAGAGGCGCUAGCAGGCAUACAACUGCGCCAGAGCUGGCUGCCCAUCAGAUCGUAUCUCUUCGACUUGCAGCGUGCAGGCAAGCCCGCCGCGCUGGAAUUCUGCGGCGUGGACUGCGUAUCGUCCGAUCAGGCUCGGAUGAAGCUGUACAUCCGCUUUAGCCGAAUCGACCUGCAAGAGCUCGAAAAGCAUCUGGAUUGCAAGGGACACACGGAUCGAAAAGUCUUUGAGAGCCAAAAAACCUGGGCUCGAGAGCUGUUCACACUCUUUGACGAGAAGCGAGAGCAGGUGAUCGAAUGUGCGGACUCUGACCUGUCCGCCCAAGAAGCGAGAUCUCGCGGUGCGCUCGUCUACUACGAGCUGCGCAAGGGCACCACUGCGCCUACGGCCAAAUUCUACCUGCCCAUUCGCCAUUAUGCAGCCGAUGAUGACGACGUUGUGCAAAAGCUGGAUGGAUUCCUCUUUUCGCGCGGUCUUCGAGAAGCGGGAUGGUACAGGCGCCUAGUGCAGGCAUUCGUUACGCACCGCGCUCUAGCGAAGCGCAGCGGCGUGCAAUCCAUCAUUGGCUGCGCAUAUAAGAAGGGCAUCCCCGAGCUCACCGUCUAUCUGGCCACCGAGCUCUACGCUCCUGAGCGUCCCUGGAUGAUCUGA